CCAAAAUGGCGGCUCUCAGGCUGGCGCGCUCCGUGCUGCUGAGGUUUUGAGGUGGUCGCCAGGGGUCGGGGGGGACGAUUUCCCCGCCGCGGGGGCCCCAGAGGAUGAAUCGGGGGCUCUGCUAAGGUUAGGCGGUGGGGGUGGAGAGCAGUGGCAGCAGGGGCUGCGGUGGAGUCCACGGAGCGGGAUGUGCGAGAGUUACUCCAGGUCGUUGUUGAGGGUCUCGGUGGCGCAGAUCUGCCAGGCGCUGGGCUGGGACUCGGUGCAACUCAGCGCCUGCCACCUCCUCACGGACGUGCUGCAGCGCUACCUGCAGCAGUUGGGACGGGGCUGCCAUCGGUACUCUGAGCUCUAUGGCCGGACAGACCCAAUUUUGGAUGAUGUUGGUGAAGCUUUCCAACUUAUGGGGGUUAGUCUUCAUGAACUAGAAGACUAUAUUCACAAUAUUGAACCUGUCACUUUCCCACAUCAAAUUCCUUCAUUUCCUGUUAGCAAGAACAAUGUACUUCAGUUUCCUCAGCCUGGAAGUAAAGAUGCAGAGGAAAGAAAAGAAUACAUUCCUGAUUACAUGCCACCCAUUGUGUCUUCUCAAGAAGAAGAAGAAGAAGAGCAGGUGCCCACUGAUGGCGGUACAUCAGCAGAAGCCAUGCAGGUUCCCUUGGAGGAAGACGAUGAACUGGAGGAGGAGGAAAUUAUUAAUGAUGAGAAUUUCUUGGGUAAGAGACCAUUGGAUAGUCCUGAAGCUGAAGAAAUGCCUGCCAUGAAGCGACCACGACUAUUAAGCACCAAAGGGGACACCCUGGACAUAGUAUUAUUGGAAGCUCGAGAACCACUCAGCUCAAUCAAUACCCAAAAGAUUCCACCAAUGCUUUCUCCAGUGCAUGUACAGGACAAUACAGACCUAGCACCUCCGUCGCCAGAGCCACCAAUGUUAGCUCCGGUUGCAAAAUCGCAAAUGCCAACUGCAAAACCAUUAGAAACAAAGUCAUUUACACCUAAAACAAAGACUAAAACUAGUUCUCCAGGACAGAAGAUUAAGUCACCUAAAUCUACUCAGUCACCAGCAAUGGUCGGAAGUCCUAUUCGGUCACCAAAAACUAUAUCCAAAGAAAAGAAAUCUCCUGGACGUUCUAAAAGCCCUAAAAGCCCCAAGAGCCCCAAGGUUAUGACUCAUGUUCCCCAAGCACCUGUCAGACCUGAAACCCCAAACAGGACUCCUUUAGCUACAGUGAGUGAAAAAAUCAGUAAAGAGGCCAUUCAGGUAAAACAAAUACAAACACCCCCUGAUGCUGGGAAGCUGAACAAUGAGAAUCAGCCGAAAAAGGCUGUCGUGACCGAUAAAACAAUUGAUGACUCUAUUGAUGCUGUGAUCGCACGAGCUUGUGCUGAACGAGAGCCAGAUCCUUUCGAAUUUUCUUCUGGAUCAGAAUCCGAAGGCGACAUUUUUACCAGCCCUAAGAGAAUUUCAGGUUCAGAAUGUACUACUCCCAAAGCGUCCACUUCCGCAAACAAUUUCACCAAGUCAGGCUCCACUCCGCUGCCUCAUUCAGGCGGAACUUCAAGUUCUGAUAAUUCAUGGACCAUGGAUGCCUCCAUUGAUGAGGUUGUACGUAAAGCAAAACUGGGAACACCUUCAAACAUGCCUCCCAACUUUCCUUAUAUCUCUUCUCCUUCAGUUUCUCCUCCCACUCCCGAGCCUCUGCACAAGGUGUAUGAGGAGAAAACCAAACUGCCUUCAUCAGUGGAAGUCAAAAAGAAGUUGAAAAAGGAACUGAAGACUAAAAUGAAAAAGAAAGAGAAGCAGCGCGAUAAGGAGAGGGAAAGAGACAAAAGCAAGGACAAAAACAGAGAGAAGGAUAAAGUGAAAGAGAAGGAGAAAGAGAAGGAAACCAAGCAUCCGUGGAAGGAGUUUCUCAAAGAUGAGGAGUCAGAUCCCUAUACGUUUAAAAUAAAAGAAUUUGAAGAUGUUGAUCCAAAAGUAAGGUUGAAAGAUGGAAUUGUGAGAAAGGAGAAAGAGAAGCAUAAGGACAAGAAGAAAGAUAGAGAAAAGGGCAAAAAAGAUAAAGACAAGAGAGACAAAGACAAAGUUAAAGAUAAAGGUCGAGAAGAGAAGAUGAAGGUGGCACCAGCCCCACUGGUGUUGCCGCCAAAGGACAUGGCGCUGCCCUUGUUUAGCCCCGCCGCGGCCGUGAGGAUGCCUGCCAUGCUGCCCUCUCUGUCACCCAUGCUCCCCGAAAAACUGUUUGAAGAGAAAGAGAAACCGAAGGAGAAAGAGAGGAAAAAGGACAAAAAGGAGAAGAAGAAAAAGAAAGAGAAAGAGAAGGAAAAGGAGAAGAAAGAGAAGGAAAGGGAGAAGGAGAAAAGAGAGAGAGAGAAGAGAGAGAAAGAAAAGGAGAAACACAAGCAUGAAAAAAUAAAAGUGGAGCCAGUUGUUCCAGCCCCAAGUCCAGUUAUCCCCAGAUUGACGCUCAGAGUUGGUGCUGGCCAAGACAAGAUUGUCAUCAGCAAAGUGGUGCCUGCGCCCGAGGCUAAGCCAGCGCCCUCUCUGAGCAGACCCAAGACCCCGCCACCUGCGCCAGCCCCAGCCCCUGUGCCUGUGCACGUCACCCCCGCCCCGGUGCCUUUGCCACUCCUCGCACAGUCCACCACGUCCCCUGCCUUGAUGCCGUCUCCGUCUCCCGCCAUCUCUGGAGCCGGAAGUUCCAAAGCCCCUGUCCGGAGUGUGGUCACGGAGACGGUCAGCACUUACGUGAUCCGAGACGAAUGGGGCAAUCAGAUCUGGAUCUGCCCCGGCUGCAACAAGCCGGACGACGGGAGCCCCAUGAUCGGCUGUGACGACUGCGACGACUGGUACCACUGGCCCUGUGUUGGAAUAAUGGCCGCCCCGCCGGAGGAGAUGCAAUGGUUCUGUCCCAAGUGUGCCAACAAGAAGAAGGAUAAGAAGCACAAGAAGCGGAAGCACCGGGCACACUGACGUCUCCGCCCCGGGACAGCGCGGCGGCCACGCGGAGGGCGCUGGGCCCGCGCCGCCAUCCCGCCGGCACCAGGGUCCUGUGCAGAGGGACCCGCCAGACUGCGGACGCGCGUGCGCCCCGGAGCCUCCUUCUGACGCCGAGCGCCCGCGGCCGGGCAGUGGAUGCGGCGGACGCAAGCAGGGGCCGCGCGAGGACCGCCGCGCCUCCGUUUUUCUAUUACCAGUGACAAGUAUUAUUAAUAAAAAGACCAUAAUGUUCCCCUUUGAUCCCUUUGUCCUCUCCAGGGCCUUUUCAUGAAGGUGUUAGACGAGAAGAUGACGUGUAAUGCCUUGACUGUGUCUAAGGAUGAUAUGACUAGUCCGUGUACAGUUUCCGCCUCCGCCCUCCACAGUAAGAUAAUCAUAAGAACAUAAGAGACAGCUCCAGGUGGAGUACUGGUAAAUAUUUUUGUGAUGAAAAUAUAUGAAGCUCCCCCUCGCCCCCCAUUUUUAGUACUAACAUGUAAAAUGUUCAGGCUUUUGUGAAAUACCUUAUAUUUUUUAAGAAAAAGGUUUCUAUCAUGUCCUGUUUGCUUUUGUGCAAAUUAUUUUUGUUGACUCUCCCGUAUUUUCUAUCUUUGUUGCAUUCUAACUCUGCCCUCCUUUAAACCGCUGGCGCUCUUCUCACCGCGUAUACAUUUCAUCAACUUGUAUGAAAACUCUUCAGACCAGAAGAUCUCCCCUCAUGUAAAUAAUAAAUAUUUAUGAAGUAGUUAUUUUUUAAAUUUUUAUCGUGUUUCAUUCUGGCUUUCUCUGGAAUCCACUGUGAUUUCAGCCAUGUCUGUAAUUACCGCUUCACGUAAGCCGAGAAGGCUGGAAAAAAGAGCCACAGUUCAAAGCCACCUCCCUUGAACUGCCCGGCGCAGCCCGGAGCCUGUGGGGAAGGGACCUGGCAGGUGCAAGGAGAACAAGGCGUUUGAUAGUGGAUGAUUUGAAAUCAUUCUGUCAUCUAUUUUGUUUCUGUAAAUUUCUUUGACUUAACUUUUAUUAAAAGGACGUGUAGAUUCCCCGAAAGUAAAAAAAAAAAGUAUACUGUAGCAUUUUGUGUUUAUAUGGUUUUAUUUCUGCAAAUCUGUUCAUUGAUAUUGUGGUUUAAGGCUGAAAUGAAGUAUAUUAUGAAUUUUUUUUAAGAAAACUCAUCAAAUUUCAGGGUACCACAAAACUUUAUUAUAUUACUAUACUGCCCACUAUUUAUUAUAUGUUAUAGAUGUCUGAGAGAUAAACCAAAUGUUUUAUUUUUAAUGUAAAACAUCAAAUUUAAUUUUAUUAGCAUAUUUUAGCAACUUUGGAAUAAAUAUGGACUUUUACUUGAUUCUGAAAUAAUCCCAAUUUGGACCAGUGUAAUGGAUAUCUUGAAUGCUAGAAUAUGGGCUUUGAACCUAAUACAAAUAUAUUAAUAGAAAUUGUGACUUUUUUAAUGCCAAGUAAGUUGAUAUUAGUGUAUGAAUUAGUCAUAUUUUAAAACAUAUUAUGUGGUUAGAGAAAUGAGGUUUUCUGCCAUGAAUGUUAAAUUGCAAAUCAGUGGAAAUGGAGUCGACCUUUUCAGAGUGCAGUAUUUCAUCGCCCUCCUUGUUCUAGAAGCCAAAAUUUUUCUAUCCCUACAAAGAAACAAAGCAUCUAUGUUGAGAUACGUGUUUUUUGUUUUAUUAAUUUGACAUCAUCCUAAAUACUUUAUACAAUAUUUUCACAUGCACAAAUAUACCCAUUAGUGCUUU